CCAAGUCAGAACGAAGCGCAAUCUCUCAAGACAGCAGAUAACAGAUACACAUUCACAUAGAGAGACAGAGAAACAUUAGAGAUGUCGGCAAGCAGGGAGCUAAUUGAGGAGCUCUACAACUUCAUCCAUCCGCUGGCUGUGCGUGCGGGCAAAAUACUGCUCGAGGGCUAUGAGAAUGCGGGCAAGGCAGUGUCCCUCAAGGACGGGGAAUUCUACAAUGUGGUGACUGCCUAUGACAAUCAGAUAGAAGAGUUUCUCAUGGAGCAGAUACUGGCCAGAUAUCCGUUUCACAAAUUCAUCGGGGAGGAGGACACGCACAAGAACAACAAUGUGACCAAGGAGCUGACAGAGGCGCCCACCUGGAUCAUCGAUCCCAUUGAUGGCACAUCGAAUUUCAUCAAACAAAUUCCCCAUGUCUCUGUCUCCAUUGGCCUGUCCAUCCAGAAACAGAUCGUGCUGGGAGUGGUCAACAAUCCUGCCCAGAAGAAGCUCUACACCGCCAAGCUGGGGCAGGGCGCCUUCUGCAAUGGCCAGCCCAUCCAUGUAAGCAGCUGCGAGCAUCUGAACGAUGCCAAUGUCGCCUACGAAGUGUGUCUGCUGCACGCCCCAAAGAUCCGGAAUAAGCACAUCAAGCGCAUCUAUCACGUGGGUUCAAAUGCCAGACGCCUUCUGGCCUACUCCGCUGUCGUGGAUUCUCUGUGCAUGGUCGCCGCUGGCAAUUUGGAUGCCUUUCACAUCGAGGACAUGUAUCCCUGGGACUGUGCCGCCGGCUAUUUGCUUAUUCGUGAGGCUGGGGGUGUGGUAACCCAUCCCUAUGGUGGACCCUUUGAGAUCAUGAAACCAGAUCUUAUAUGCGCCGGCACCGAGUCGCUGCGUGGGGAGAUUGAGCAGCUCAUACGCAAGGCGGAUCAGGAGAAGCAUGUGGGUGGCGAUAUCGAAUAAUGACAUUGUAGAAAAAGAAUAAAUUAUGCAAAAU